CCGAGGAGCCUAUAUAAGGGCUGCAGACCAUUCUAAUUUCUCAAUUUGCAUUUUGACUUGUGCUUCAUGCAAAUCGAACCUGUGGAAAACACACUCUUGAGUUUUUAACCGCUGGAGAUAACAUACUGCAAACAGAUCAUUUGGAAAAACAAAAGAACAACAAAGAACAACACAUCUUCUGAAUCCCUAACUAUCGUGGUGAAAGGAAGAGCUUGGUGAUGGCCUUUCGUCUGCCUGGAGGUAUAGUGUUACCCCAGGAGCACCUCUCGGAUUUUCUGAGGGGAUGCAUCCAUGGGUUGCACAUGCUUGCAAGACAAGGCCGUGUAGACAACUUCCCAUGUCCUGCGGAACCUGGCCUCCCUGAAGAGGAAGGUGAGUAUGAGGAAGGUGAGUAUAACAUUGGUCACCGUUUUCCCCCUCUCAGAGAAGAUGAGCAUCAAUUUGAGGACACCGAUGACGAGGAGGGGGAUGAAGACUCAGAGGAUGAAGACGACUGGCCUGACUGGUCUGUAGAUUCUGGGUAUGGUGCCAUGCCUGAAGAGGACAAGAAUACAGAGGAAGAGGAGCAAGAGGAUGUUGAAAAAUAUAGUGAUAGUGAUAGUUCUAGUAAUGGUGAUGGUGAUGGUGAUGGUUGUAGUGAUGGGGAUAAUGAUGGUGACGUUGAUAGUGAUAGUUACAGUGAUGGUGAUAGUUAUUGUGAAAGUGAUAGUUAUAGUUAUAGUGAUGGUGAUAAUGAUGGUGACGUUGAUAGUGAUAGUAAUAGUGAUAGUUAUUAUGAUGAUGUCAACAUCCUACCUUACUCCCCUCUUAUUAAGCACUUCCCACCGUCAGGUUUUUGGCAGCAAUUUAAACCACUUUACUCCAGGGAAUCUAUGCACUCGUCUUCAGGCCUCGGGCCCUCCACAAAGAGAAGAAGGGAAGACAGCUCCAAUGAGUCUGCACACUCCUCUUCAGGCCUCGGCCCCUCCACAAAGAGAAGAAGGGAAGACAGCUCCAGUGAGUCUGCACACUCCUCUUCAGGCCUCGGCCCCUCCACAAAGAGAAGAAGGGAAGACAGCUCCAGCGAGUCUGCACACUCCUCUUCAGGCCUCGGCCCCUCCACAUACAGGAGAGACUGGAUGGAACCUCUUGAUAGCGACUUUGAUGACUCUGAUGAGUCCCCAGAGUUUGGGACUGUUUAG